AAUUUUAUGCUUUUUAGACUUUGUAAACUAUACAUAACAGCUUCUAAAUGUUUUUUUUUUGUUUUUAAAUGUUUUGCAGCCCAUUUAGAUUUACUUUCAUUGGACGCUUCUACCAAAUGCGAUUUAGUAGCUUAAAAUGUUAAUUGGCUGUUUAACGUUGAAAAAAAGGCUAUUUUGAAAUACUUUCGAUUUUAUUGUGAAACCCGGAUUGCACCCCGGAAGUGCGCGUCAAUCGUCAUUGACAACAAUAAUAAUAAAGAUUCGUUUCCUGUUCAACUCUUUCGAGCCAAAUAAGACGAAAACGGCGGCGGGGUCUCCCUCCACGGCCGAAUCGUCGCCGGGAACCGAAAACUGCCGUCUCCGGUGACGGUUCAUUCGGACGUGACAUCAGCGACGCUGCGAGACGUUUCCGCAUUCCCAAGCUCACGUCGUCGGUGGCCGUCGUGAGCUUGACACUCAAGCGAUCAUUUCCACGGGAACCCCGCCGAGAGCAACGCACCUCCCGCCGGGGUAGCUGUGUCUUCAACCUAUUGGAUGCUGGUCAUUGAUCAGGUGCAGACGUGGUGGAUGAUCAUGCGGCCACUUGUGGUUAAAUAUAAAUUAACCGGACAAGAAGAAGAACCUGUGUGAAGCGAGUCGGCAUGGCCGUGUUCAAGCCAGAGAACGUGGAUGACUUCUACGAGAUCGGGGAAAUAUUGGGAAGCGGCCACUUCGGUGAAGUCCGUCGGGUCCGCGAGUUGGCAACGGGUACGUACUGGGCGGGCAAGUUCAUGAAGCUGCGCAAGAACUCGUGCAGCCGACUGGGCCUGGAGCGGAGCCGCGUAGAGGAGGAGGUGGAGGUGAUCCAGGCCCUGCACCACCCCAACAUCGUUGCCCUCAAAGAUGUCUUCGAGAGCCGCUCGGAGGUGGUGCUUAUCCUGGAAAUCGUGAGCGGCGGCGAGCUGUUCGACUUCAUCGCCGAGAAGGAGAUGCUGACGGAGGACGAGGCCAUCCAGUUCAUGGAGCAGAUCUUGGACGGGCUGGGCUUCAUGCACAGCAAGAACAUCGGCCACUUCGACCUCAAGCCAGAAAACAUCAUGCUGUCGGACAAAGAGUCGCCGCAUCCCGACAUCAAACUCAUUGACUUUGGCCUCGCGCACCAUUUUGUGCCCGGCGAGGAGUACAAGAGCACAAGUGGCACCCCUCAGUACAUCGCCCCAGAAGUGGUCAACGGCGAACCCCUGGGCACGGCGUCAGAUAUGUGGAGCAUCGGAGUCAUCACGUACAUACUCUUGAGCGGCAUGUCGCCGUUCCAGGGCAACACGGACGAAGACACGCUGAGGAACGUCCUGGCCGUGGACUACGAGUUUGACCCGCAGUGCUUCAGCACCACCAGCUGCACAGCCAAAGACUUCAUCCAGAAACUCCUGCUCAAGAAUCCCAGUGACAGAUUGACGGCCGAGCAGUGUCUGCUUCACCCGUGGAUCAAGCCCCUGACGCGCAAACAGAAGGCCAAAAGGAAUCGUUCCUCCAUCAAUAUGAAGAACUUCAAGAAGUUCAACGCCAGAAGGAAGUGGAAGAUGUCCUACAACAUGGUCUGGAUCUGCAACCGUCUGGUCCGCGCAAAACUGUUGUGUAAAGGCAGCUCAGAUACACCAGAGAGACAAUGUGAAAGCGACACGGAGGACAUGGGUAGCAAACCCGCAUCGUUGCUACGGAGACGACUCAGUAGCAGUUCAUAGAGUCGGCCGCAGGUGGGCAGCGGCGAGCGGUGAAACAAAGGAUGGACUGGUUUGACUUGGAAAUGAAAUUGGAAAGUGGAAUGUUGUUGCUAAAGAAAGUUUUAAGCGCUUCGUCCAACUCCUUGAUAUCCAUCUUAUUGUCCAUGUACACACUUAAUCCUUACUUGUAAGACAAUUGAGUGCACUAGCAAAACGACUAGGGCACCCUUUUUUCCACUACUAGUGCCACUUUUGGGUUUUCAUGAUAUGGAAUAAACCCUCGGAUGAAUUCCUGCUUUAAAUUCUGUCCUGUGAUGAGAAAUACGAGUGGAAAAAAAAAAAAACGCAGAAGGAAAACCUUCCCUUUAUUUUUCCAUGCAUUAUAUGACCCCUGCCCCCCCCCCCCCCGCGCCCCCAAAAAAGCGCAAUGUUGUUGAAAUUCCACUUCAACAACAUUCCUACCUCAACUCACCUGUCAUUGCAGUAGCAUGGCCACCACCACGCAGCCAUUUUGUGCAGCACUUCUGAAGAAUAUUCUGUCAUGUAAACAUGAUAAUUCAUUUGAUCUCAUGUAUAUUAUUGUACUGUCUGUUUUUAGAAUUUUGUGGUUAUGUCAAUUUUUUUUCCCCAAGUAAUGCAACCCACUUAAAAAGCAUGUUGCAAUCUAAAAUAAAUGUAAUUAUGUAAUUUAUUAUUAUUUUGUAAUAAUAAUAAAUAAUAAUUAUUUAUGAUUAUUUAUUUAUUAUAAUAAUUAUGUAAUAAUUUUUUUUUAAAUCACUACAGACUAUCGCUUCUUUUUUAAGACAUAUUUUGUGUUGUGUGUUUCCAUAUUAGCAUUGUUAUACCCCUAAGAAAUAAUAAGGGACCGAAUCUUUGCUUUAUUAACUGUCCAAGCUAUGCUUUCCAUCACUUUUUCCCUUUUAGCUACAUGCUAAUUUUGUGUUAGCAUUUUAAUCUUAAUGAAAUGGUGAGCUAAAACAACUCCAACCUUGGUGUAGCAACAAUGUUAGCAUGCAGGCACUGGCAUAAUGGAUACAAGGAAAUUUUGUAGUCUGAUUUAAUUUAACUGUAUGUAAAAUAAAGUCAAGCUCCUUAUGCUAUGCUGUCAGCUACAUGCUACAUUUACUUCUAAGUUCAAUAGAGUUGAAUUUACUUGUUUGUUUUUCAGCAUUUCUAUGGGUACAGUUUUAUUUGAGGUUUAUGUGCUAUACAUUGGAACUUAACCAUUUUGAAGGUUUCUUUUAAUUAUUAUUUCCCUAUAUUUUAGCACCGUGUUAAUGUUCUAACAGUGCAUAAUGGCUUACAAGAAUAUUAAAUAUACUUCCAGGACUACAA